AUGGAGCUAGAAAAUUCCGUUCGUCGAGCGGACGCCGAAAACCAGGCCAUGAACCCCACGGCUCCCAUCCUGGACUACUCUGAGGAGCACGAGUUCGUGUCAGCCAACCAGCUGGACGACUACUACGCGAAGGAGGACAAAGCGGACGCGCGAGAGGAGGAGCAGAGGAAACUGACCAAGGGUAAAGCGGCUAGGACCGCGAUCCAGCGCUUUUAUAAGGAUCAGUGUGUGUUUUUGACUGGCGGAACCGGCUUUUUGGGGAAAGUUUUGAUCGAAAAGAUGCUUCGAUCAUGCGGAGAUUUGGACACGAUAUUUGUUCUCGUUCGUCCCAAAAAGGGUAAAGAUCCCCACACAAGGAUGCACGACAUGUUAGACGAUUUUGUUUUCCACCGAGCUCAUGAUGAAAAUCCGAAAGGAAUUCACAAAGUGGUCCCAAUCGUGGGAGACAUGGAAAAACCUGGUCUAGGUAUCAGUCCAGAGGACAGAAAAAUGAUAACUUCUAAGGUGACAAUUAUAAUAAAUUCAGCCGCCACAGUAAAGUUCGACGAGAAAUUAUCAGUAGCGGCAGGAAUUAACGUGCGUGGAACGAAAUCGGUGCUCCAACUGGCGAAGGAAUGUAAACAUUUGAAGGCGUUGACUCAUGUGUCGACGGCCUUUUCGCAAACGCACGUUAGGCAUAUUGAAGAAAAAUUCUACGAGCCGCCGAUGUCCGUGGAGGCUUUAGAGGCAGUGGCGCAGCUGGACGACGACGUCGUCGAUUCCAUUCUACCCACACUUUUAGGCAACCGGCCCAACACCUACUGCUUCACGAAGGCGGUCGCCGAAGACGCGGUGAGGAAAUAUGGAGAAGGGAUGCCCGUGGCCAUUCUGAGGCCUUCCAUAGUGAUCUCAACGUACGAUGAACCAGUAAGAGGGUGGACGGACAGUGUAUAUGGACCGACGGGACUCGUCGUCGGUAUUGGGACGGGGGUUUUAAGAACAAUGUAUAUGGACUUGGACAAAGUGGCGGACAUGGUGCCAGUCGACCUCACCGUCAACGCCAUCAUCGCCUCGACCUACCACACCGCUAAGAACUUUAAGGAAAACCAAACGUCCGAUAUCCCCAUCUACAACUACGUGUCGGGGGCGCAAUCUCCGGUAACGUGGGGGGAGUUUAUCGAGUCCAACCGACGACACGGCACCACCAAACCCACAAUGAAGGCGGUUUGGUAUUAUGGAUUAAACCCUACCAAGAGCUACUACAUGUUCCUGUUCUACAACUUCUUCUUGCACUACUUGCCGGCUUUGUUGAUCGACAGCUUCUGCGCGCUAACGGGCAGGAAACGGAAUAUGCUGAAAUUCUACUCGAAAGUGAGCAAACUAGCGAACAUCCUCUUCUACUUCUCAACACAAGACUGGCGCUUCACGGACGACAAUGUGAGGGAAAUGUGGCGCUCGUUGCCGGAGAGCGACCAGACCGUCUUCCCCUUCAACAUGGCGGAGAUGUCCUGGGAGUACAUGGCCGAGACUUUCCUAUUGGGUCUACGUGUAUAUUUAGUCAAAGAUGACCUCUCAACGUUACCCGAAGCGAGGAAAAAAUGGAACAGAUUAUACUUCCUGCACCAAUGCCUGAAACUCGCCACGUUGUGCGUCGUACUAUAUUUAGGAUAUUGUAUUUUAAACUUUAUUAGUUGGUUAGUGUUGGGUUGA